AUGACAAAAGAAUUGAAAAUGAACGAAAUGAAAUAUCAAGGAAUGCAAUAUAUUCAGAUGGACAGUUGUUCGCUUAUCUACACUUUCUGUUCUGUUACCCUUUUCUUUUUUUUGUCGUUUCAACAAGUGUCAGAUCAUCUAGGUUGA